AUGUACGAUAUUCGCCGGCCGGCACACGACCCGAUUGUCUCUCAGUCGUUUGUGGACUUUGUCAACCUCCAGACGACCAGGGCAGCCUUGGGUGUAGACAGCAUACCGGAGCUCGCGGCGGCCGCGCCAGCCUCAUUUGCGUAUGCCCCGCAAAGCGAGACGGUGUAUGACGCAUUUGCACGCGCGGGAGAUUACGUCUUCCCCAGUUUCUUGGACGACCUCGACUAUCUGCUUGAGAACGGCAUUCGCGUGCUCUUGGUGCAUGGCGAUGCUGACUACAUUGGAAAUUGGUUUGGCGGCGAGGCGGUGUCCCUGGCCCUCACGUAUACACAGUCGUUUCUUUUCCAGGCUACGCCGUACACGCCGCUUAGUUUUGACGACCCUGACAGCCCCGAUUAUGGAAGUGGAAACAGAAAGGGGAGGGCCCAGGGCAAGGUGCGGGAGUAUGGAAACUUGACUUUUGCCGUCGUAUACGACGCUGGCCACUUUCUGCCGGUGGACAAACCUGCCCUCGCCCUCGAAAUGUUUCGACGCGCCGUGACCAACAUGGAUCUGUCGACGGGACGUGAUCCGACGAAUAGCACGGCUGUUCCUUUUGUACCAGACUCACCGCUGCCAGCAGUGGGCGCCGAAACGACACUGCCGUCAUCACCGCACAUGUAA